CACUGUCACUAUUUGCAGAAGUCAUGGGAUGUUGACAGCUUAAAUAAUGUUAUUGUCUACGCAAAGACAUAACGGAUUUGUUUAUUUAGAAAGUUAGCUAGCGUUAAUGAACCUAUACCAAAUAUACAAUAGCAGGCAAAUAUCCACUAAUGGGCUCCCGUUAUAAAGUUACUUUGGUUACUAACAACUGGACAAACUCAGCAUCUGCCAUCUGUUGAGGGCAACCACUACAUUGGCUAUUGCUAUGGCUGAUAGGAAAGGCUGCAGAUUCUGUUUGGAGAUGACAUUUCUACAUUAGCUGUCUUUUCUGGAUCUUUCUUGAUCCUGACAGACCUGUAUGGCGUGCCCGGUCCAGUUCCUCUGCCGGGGAAUUCGCACUGUUGGAUUAGUUCUCCUAUACUAUGCCUUCUCUAUAGGCAUCACAUUCUAUAACAAAUGGCUGAUGAAGGGCUUCCACUAUCCCCUCUUCAUGACAUUAGUUCAUCUCACCAUCAACUUCUGCCUGUCUGCUCUGACUCGAAGGGCCAUGCAGUGCUGGACAGGGAAACCUCGCGUCAUUCUGAGCUGGACAGAUUACCUCCAUAAAGUGGCUCCUACAGCCUUGGCAACAGCACUGGAUAUUGGACUCUCCAACUGGAGCUUCCUCUUCAUCACCAUUAGCUUGUACACCAUGACCAAAUCUUCAGCAGUGCUUUUUAUCCUUUUUUUCUCUCUGGUGUUUAAACUAGAAGAGCCGAACCCAUUCCUGGUGGUGGUGGUCCUGCUGAUCUCCAGCGGUCUGUUCAUGUUUACUUUUGAGUCCACCCAGUUCAACCUGCAGGGCUUCAGCAUGGUGCUGCUGGCCUCCUUUAUCGGCGGGAUCCGCUGGACCCUCACUCAGGUCCUCAUGCAGAAAGCAGAGCUGGGUCAGUGUUGAGUCACACUCUGUAAAAUGAUUCAAUGAUGUGUAGCAGUCCUGUUUUAUAGGUGCUUUUCUUAAACACAACCAACACUUACAUUGGAAUAGGACCUUUGGCUCACACAUCC